GAGGAUCUGACGCCCACCAGAAGCUCCAGUAAUCAGCAAACGUCCUCUGGUACUGUCAGCAUUAACACCUCUCUCAGUCCCACACAGGAAGAAGGAAACGUCUGCUCAGAGUGUGGGAAGAGCUUUAAGUACCAGUGUCAUCUCAAAAGACACCAGCGCAUUCACACUGGAGAGAAUUUUUAUCAGUGCUUACAGUGUGGAAAGAGUUUUAGUCAACAGAGUUAUCUCAAAGAACACCAGCACAUUCACACUGGACAGAAACCGUAUCAGUGCUCACAGUGUGGGAAGAGUUUCAAUUGUCAGAGUAAUCUGAAAAUACACCAGCGCAUUCACACUGGAGAGAAACCAUAUCAGUGCUCACAGUGUGGGAUGAGUUUCUAUCAUCAGAGUCAUCUCAAAAUACACCAGCACAUUCACACUGGAGAGAAACCGUAUCAGUGCUCACAGUGUGGGAAGAGUUUUAAUUGUCAGAGUAAUUUCAAAACACACCAGCGCAUUCACACUGGAGAGAAACCGUAUCAGUGCUCACAGUGUGGAAAGAGUUUUAAUUGUCAGAGUAAUUUCAAAACACACCAGCGCAUUCACACUGGAGAGAAACCGUAUCAGUGCUCACAGUGUGGAAAGAGUUUUAAUCAACAGAAUGAUCUCAAAAAACACCAGCGCAUUCACACUGGAGAGAAACCGUAUCAGUGCUCACAGUGUGAAAAGAGUUUUAAAACACAGAGUGAUCUAACAAUACAUCAGCGCAUUCACACUGGAGAGAAGCCAUAUCAGUGCUCACAGUGUGGGAAGAGUUUUAUUACACAGGGUCAUCUCAAAAUACACCAGCGCAUUCACACUGGAGAGAAGCCAUAUCAGUGCUCACAGUGUGGGAAGAGUUUUAUUACACAGAGUAAUCUCAAAAAACACCAGCGCACUCACACUGGAGAGUACCAGCUAGUGGAGGUGUCGGAGGGGGCUUGUGUAGCAGUAGAGGGGAAUUAUGAUCAGGUAAUUGGAUACGACUAGAUUGGGAUUGGACUGAUGCUCUAUCCAGGGUGAGUGAGUGAGUGAGUGUCUCUGGGUUUGGGUGAGUGAGUGAGUGAGGGUCUCUGGGUUUGAGUGAGUGAGUGAGGGUCUCUGGGUUUGGGUGAGUGAGUGAGUGAGGGUCUCUGGGUUUGAGUGAGUGAGUGAGUGAGGGUCUCUGGGUUUGGGUGAGUGAGUGAGGGUCUCUGGGUUUGAGUGAGUGAGUGAGGGUCUCUGGGUUUGAGUGAGUGAGUGAGUGAGUGUCUGGGUUUGGGUGAGUGAGUGAGUGAGUGAGGGUCUCUGGGUUUGAGGGAGUGAGUGAGUGAGGGUCUCUGGGUUUGGGUGAGUGAGUGAGUGAGGGUCUCUGGGUUUGAGGGAGUGAGUGAGUGAGUGUCUCUGGGUUUGGGUGAGUGAGUGAGUGAGGGUCUCUGGGUUUGGGUGAGUGAGUGUGUGAGUGUCUCUGGGUUUGGGUGAGUGAGUGAGUGAGUGUCUGGGUUUGAGUGAGAGAGUGUGUGAGUGAGUGUCUCUGGGUUUGAGUGAGUGAGUGAGUGAGUGAGUGUCUGGGUUUGGGUGAGUGAGGGAGUGAGUGAGUGUCUCUGGGUUUGGGUGAGUGAGUGAGUGAGUGAGUGAGUGUCUCUGGGUUUGGGUGAGUGAGUGAGUGAGUGAGUGUCUCUGGGUUUGAGUGAGUGAGUGAGUGAGUGUCUGGGUUUGGGUGAGUGAGUGAGUGAGUGUCUCUGGGUUUGAGUGAGUGAGUGUCUGGGUUUGGGUGAGUGAGUGAGUGAGUGUCUCUGGGUUUGGGUGAGUGAGUGUGUGAGUGAGGGUCUCUGGGUUUGAGUGAGUGAGUGAGUGAGUGUCUCUGGGUUUGGGUGAGAGAGUGUGUGAGUGAGUGUCUCUGGGUUUGAGUGAGUGAGUGAGGGUCUCUGGGUUUGAGUGAGUGAGUGAGUGAGGGUCUCUGGGUUUGGGUGAGUGAGUGAGUGAGUGAGGGUCUCUGGGUUUGAGGGAGUGAGUGAGUGAGGGUCUCUGGGUUUGGGUGAGUGAGUGAGUGAGUGUCUCUGGGUUUGGGUGAGAGAGUGUGUGAGUGAGUGUCUCUGGGUUUGAGUGAGUGAGUGAGGGUCUCUGGGUUUGAG